UGUUAUGCGGUGAAAGGAGCCUGCCGGCUGCCUCGCCGACUAUAGCUAGGCAUCUUAUGCGAGCCGCAACACCGCUCAGCCGUAGUUCAGGUUUUUAUCUCAUUUGAUAAAGACGUAGCGCAGCGGUGUAGUAAUUAGAAACAAGUGAAUCAGGAUGGUUCUGAAACUCUACGUGGUGUCGGAUGGGCCGCCGUCGCUGUCAGUGCGGCAGGCUCUGGCCCUGCUUGAGAUACCCUUCCAGCAGAUCGAUGUAGACUUCGGCAAAGGAGAGCACAUGACCGAGGAGUAUGCGCUGAUGAACCCACAAAAGGAGAUCCCGGUCAUGGACGACGACGGUUUCUUCCUCAGCGAGAGCAACGCUAUCCUUCAGUACAUCUGCGAUAAGUACCAGCCGGGCACACCUCUUUACCCCGUGGAUCCACAGAUAAGGGCCGUAGUAAAUCACCGGCUAUGCUUCAACCUCUCCACCUACUACGCGAACAUAUCGGCUUACACGAUGGCGCCAAUUUUCUUCGACUACGAACGGACGCCACUCGGCCUGAAGAAAGUGCACAUGGCGCUGGAUGUGUUCGAGACGUACCUCACCCGCGCCGGCACCACGCACGCCGCCGCGGACCACCUCACCAUCGCCGACUUCCAGCUCAUCAACUCCACUAUGACCCUCGAAGCUAUUGGAUUUGACUUCUCCAAAUAUGAAAAGGUCAGCCAGUGGUACGAGGAUUUCAAAAAAGACUACCCAGAGCUAUGGAAGAUCUCGGAAGACGCGAUGAAGGAGAUCCGGCACUUUAACGCCAACCCUCCAGAUUUGAGCCACAUGAACCACCCAAUCCAUCCCGUUCGUAAAAUUAAGAAAUAAAUUUUGUAUAAAACAAGAAACUCGAGGGAAAAUACAUUUACAUCGCAUGAUUCGAUUACACGCCGAACGCCGACUGCUUUUUUGUUAAACCUAGAAGGCCGUCUGCUAAGUGUAGAUUAUAGGAUAGAAUCUUUCCUUCCUAUCGACGAGUUCAAUCAAGAAAAAGAAUAGCUGCUUUCUUUGGGAUUAGGCUUAGAUCCUAUCCCUGUCCCACUACUGUUCUCAUUGCUUAGAAUCUAUUUAUGUCAGCGAUUGUGCCAUUACUGCAAGCAAAUGUGUUUUCUCUCAAGUUUUCAAUAAUUAUAUAAAUAAAUGUUGACGCCACGCUAUCCUGAGCCGGAGACGCAUCGCCUCAUGUAUCCCAGACAGGCGUUGGAGCAGCAUUCCGAGUGGUUGAUGCACUGUAAAUAAAUUAAGAAUAUAAGAACGAUAAGAA